UUAUUGCGAUUUUUAAAGUCGAGCGAGGAGAUUUUUAAGGAUCUCGCUUAGAGAAAUGGUAACGAGGAAUUGGGGAGAGCGUCUUCAAGGAUCAUCGCUCUGAACACAACAUCCUCUUCAUUUCACCUCUCACCUCAUCUCACCCCACAACAUUAGCUCACCAUGCCACAUCUUCCACCAACUCUUCCCUUCUGGCUCCACUUCCUCAUCGAGCUCCCAGCCUCCAUGAACUUCUUCCUCAAUCCUUCUGAACAGCUCUCAUCGCCAGCACCACAAGCUCACCCAAUCCUCAAACAGUAUGCAGUGCUGCUUUUCGUCACAACCCUUAUCGCAUUGAUAUUUGCUCUUCGUCCGAUCGAUGGGACGAGUAGGAAUGUGGCUGGAGCUUUGUCGGUUUAUCACCUUGCGCCUUUGAUGAGAGCUGGGAGCAGGAUUGUGGAAGGAAGCGGGGAGUAUGGGAAGGGACUUGGAGGGCCGAUACUUCACUUGGUUGUGCAUUUGCUUUGCUUUGUAGGGCUGCUGUGGGUUUUUUUGAGGCCAAGGGGGAUUAAAAGCGUUAAAAGCGGAUGAUGAAGGUAGCAAUGCUAUCAAUUGCUCGGCUUGUGCAUUCAGCUGACAUAACUCGCUGUUGACCCGCUGUUAGCUACAAU